GCGAGGCAAAACGGCUGGUCACAUGAGCAGGGAUCUGUUUACAAACCCAAGGCAGAGCAGAGCAGGGACGGACCAACUGCAGGCUCAGCCUCACCACUGAAAUGGACUGAAAGGAGGAAGAGGGGAAGUCUUUCAUGACAAAGCCAGCUGGAGGAGACGGCACAACAAGGCUCUCGCUUUUUCAGGCCAUUGUCUUCUCUUUUUUUUUUUUCUUAAAUCGAGGGAGCAGAUGGUUUGAGGGAGAGUAGGUCCCCCCACCCUCCACCUACACUCAUACAAUCACACUGGCUGACAAAUAAACACACACACACACACACACUAGCAAAACGCCAGCUCGAGGACUGUUGUUGAUGGAGGUGUCCUUACUUUUCCUUGAGGGGAGCACAUCUUCGCUGUCAACACUGAGCUGGAAUACCCCCCUGCAGGAUCAGAGGAUUGGAGGAGGAGACAACCUAGGACAACAGAGGGGGAUGAGACUUGUGAAAAUCCUCUGUUAAAAAAAGCAGCUUUGGGAUGAAGAUAAUUCCCAGACUAAUGCCUGAUAAUUACCUUCAUUGAUCGAGGACCUUGGAAUGGUGGAUGUCAUUGUUGGGGGGACGACGCUGCAGACACAAUGUGGGGUCACUGACAGCCUAACCGCCUGGAAAUGAGCAAACAAGGUCUACAAUCCUGGACCAAACUCCAGUUCCAAAUAUUCCAGUCUUAAACACACAGAAUGGUUAAUCCAGAUUUGGGAACGCUGAGCCACCAAAACUACACCUCUUAAGGAUUUAUGGAAUCUGAGAACAUCAGAAAAAAAGGCUUUGUUUUGAGGAAGCUCUGUUGAUGUGGCUGACUUAAAAGCGUUCAGAGAUCCAGCCUCGAAGUCUGCGGUCGAUCCAGGUCCAGCCAUCCUCCGGCAAAGCUCGAAUUCACGGCUGCUGUCCUGGGAGUCCGAUUUCAUGCAACGAUCCCAAUGGUGUAACGGCCUGCUGUGUUUUUCUAGUUCUCUUUGCUCGGAAGAAUUGUGCAGCAUGACGGCGGACAUGUAUCAUCUCCCUCUCAACAUCUACGUCAUCGUGCUGGGCAUCGGCCUCUUCGUCUUCAUGCUCAGCCUCAUCAUCUGCUGCUACCUUUUCAGGUUGAAACAACAAGGAACGAGGGAGCAGUUCAGCUACAAUGAGGUGGUGUUAAAGGGUGCAAGCAAGAAACUCAGCCUGCUUGGACAAACCUGCGCAGUUUGCCUGGAAGAGUUCAGGACCAGAGAUGAGCUGGGAGUUUGUCCGUGCUCUCACGCAUUUCACAAGAAGUGCCUGCUUAAGUGGCUGGAGAUCCGCAGCGUGUGCCCGAUGUGUAACAAGCCAAUCCUCCGGUUACACACAGACGCCGCUCAGGGUGCCGAGGGUCCCAUGGACCCCGAGGAGGUGUGAGGACCGAGGGUGUGAGGAGGACGCAGACUUCCCUCAUACCACAUGUACAACACCAGGAUGAUGAUCAUCUUCUUAUGGAAACGCUGACAUUGAUCCCAGGAGGUUACUGCUGACAUUUGAGCAAUACAACUUGGAGACAAAGGAACGGUCGCCAUUGGUCAAGGUUGUCGGUCAGACUUGUUUUCUUUCCUCCAUAAAACUGAUUUCCAUGAUGAAAGAAAGGAAAGAAGCUUCUGAAAAAGCCGGAGAUCAUCGCCUUUGCCAUCGGACGACUUGUGCUGAGAUGAACAUCACUGCUGGCAUUGGGAACGUCAUCUGAGCGCUGGAUCAGGAUGGAUACCUCUCAUGUCUCAGGGGUGUUAACGCAGCCAGCACAAACCACGUCAAUCACCUAGUACUCUGUGACACACACGCAUCUUACAAUCAAUACUGCCAAUGUAUGUGGAGCGCUCAAGCAGUCAGACGUGUCUGAAACCUACGACCAGCAGGAUCACAACCAUGAUGACUUCAGCAGACAAUAUUGUGACAGACUGUUCCUUUUAAAAGAAGACUGAUAGAAACUAGUCUUGCCUGUAUGUAUUGUACGUGAAAGUGUCCCUCAAUAUUGUUCUUUUGUAUUUGUUGCUUUUAAAUAAAACGUCAUGUAAUGUA